AUGAUCGCCCAGCUCACGUUGUUCUGCUUCUUCUCCCUCUCUUCCUGCUGGUUGAUUCUCCUGCAGUUCAGAGCAGCCGGAGAAAACUUCUCCUUUUUAUGCCUUCAUCACCUCCCUGAAACCUGGAAGAUCUUCUGCAGGGAUGACUGUGAGGGAGAAAACGUCCUGAUCAAAACGCAGGCAGACUCAGCUCAACGCGGUCGAUUCAGCUCAGAGUAUCGAUCCAGUCAGAUACUGGUUGUUUCCAUCUCUCCCCUGACCAAGUCUGACUCUGGAACGUACCGCUGCGGGACCGGCGCCUCGGUGUCUGCAGCUUCAUUCACAGAGUUUGAACUCAGAGUCACAGACGCGGUGCUGGAUAGACGCAGCGGGCCGCAGCAGAAGCGAGUGUCUGCAGAACCCGGCAGCUCCGUCACCGUGGCCUGUUGGUUUGCUCUCUCUGGUGGGACGAAGUAUUUCUGCAGAGGAGACUGUGGAGGAAACGCUCUGGUCCAGACGGCAGGAGAAUCCGCUCACAGCGGCAGGUACAGCAUCCAGCAUGAAAGGAAAUUAUCUGCUGAGGGAGUUCUGCUGGUCACCAUCACUGAGCUGACCCAGUCCGACUCCGGGCGGUACCGCUGUCAGCAGGACGGACCCAACACUGCAUUCACAGACUUUGACAUCACCGUCACACCGGCCGUUCAGCCAUCAACCUCCAGACCAGAAACCACUCAGACGUCUGCUUCCCCUCAUCAACCUGCACAAAUUCAGGUUCCACUCAGCCACCAUGUUCCUGUGGUCGUUGGUGUGACUCUGGCUGCCAUGAUGGUUCUGAUCCCAGCAACUCUGCUGGUUUCCUGCAUGAGAAGAUCUCUGAGAGGUUUGAGGACCAGAGGAGGCCUGGAUGGUUCAGUCACUGAGACUCUGACCCAUGAGAGCUGCGAUCCAGAGGAUCCCACCUACCAGAGCCUCCACCCGUCCAGCCGGGACCAGAACCAGAUCUACUCAGAACUCACUCGACCCAAAUGAGAAGCUGGACCUCAGCAGCUUGCUCACUGAUACUGAAAUAUAAAGCGCUGAAAGACAAAGUAACAUUUAAAAUGUUUGAAGAAGUUAAUUGAUCAUUCAAAUGAAUCAAUGUUUUCUGAAAUUAAAUCAGGAUUUUCUGCUUUUAGGUUAAACUGUUUAUUUCAGCACUUUAACUCAUUUAUUCUACCUGAGACCCAAUCAACCAGAACUUUGACCAUAUGCAACUUAUACAAUGCUGUUUUAUGUAUUUGUAUUUUUUUAAACAAUAUCUGCAGCUUUAAAGCAAAAAUAAAUAUUCUGUUACCAUGUUUGGUACUCCAUUA